AGGCAGCAAAUGUGCAUUUGCUGCUUGGCGUAGAAUUUCUGCUCACGGAGGAUAGCGAGAACUUGGCGGAGAUGAUCAAGGUGGGACUCGAAGGUGGGGCUAAAAUCAAGGAUGUCGUCGAGGUAGAUCAUGACACAGACUUCGAGGAGGUCGCAGAAGAUGUGGUUCAUGGUGGAUUGGAAUGUGGCGGGGGUGUUGGUGAGACCGAAAGGCAUUACAAGAAACUCGUAGUGCCCGAAGCGGGAACUGAAGGCGGUCUUGUGGGUGUUCUCCUCGCGGAUGCGGAUCUGGUGGAAGCCACUGCCAAGGUCGAUCUUGGUGAAGUAUUUGGCUCCAUGGAGGUGAUCAAGUGGAUACUUGUUCUUGAUCGUGAUCCGGUUCAAGGCGCGGUAGUCUGUGCACAUGCGGAGUUCCAAGGUGCCAUUCUUCUUGACGAAGAGACAGCUGGUUCCGAAGGGGGAGGAGCUAGGCGUAAUGAAUCCUUUUUCAAGGAGUUCAUUGAGUUGGCGCUUCAUUUCUUCGGCCUCGGGGACAGAGAGCUGGUAUGGGGGGCGGCAAGGGGGGGAGUGGUCGGGCUCGAGAUCGAUGGUGUGGGAAACACCUCGGUCGGGAGGUAGUCCAGCGGGCAAGGAUUCGGGAAACAUGUCUUUGAACU